AUGUUCUUCAAGAAACCCCAACAAACACAAAGUCAGCUUCCAGUUGAGAAGCCCGAUGUUUUUUCAACAGGCCGGAACUCGACCGGGGAAGACACGCAUACGUCCAAAGAUACUGACGAAGAGAGGCGACCCCAGUCAGACGCAGAAGAUGGAGUUCAGUACCCUUCCGGACUGAACCUCGCCUUGGUUCUUACGUCGCUCUUCAUUAGCAUGUUCUUGGUUUCUCUGGAUCGACUUAUCAUCACGACUGCCAUCCCCAAGAUUACCGACGAGUUCGAUUCCGUAACUGAUGUGGGUUGGUACGGCUCUAUCUACCUCCUGACAACUUGUGCCUUCCAACUACUAUUCGGCAAAGUAUACUCUUUCUAUAACGUUAAGGCCACUUUCCUAGCCUCUGUGCUCCUCUUCGAAGUUGGGUCUACAAUUUGCGGGGCUGCUCCGAACUCAGACGUUUUCAUCUUCGGACGAGCUCUCGCAGGAGUAGGAUCAGCUGGAAUCCUCAGCGGCGUAAUCAUCGUUAUCGUCCAUGUGGUUCCCUUGCACAAACGCCCGCUCUACCAAGGCAUGUUUGGCGCCGUCUUCGGUAUCGCGUCUAUCAUCGGGCCUUUGGUUGGAGGAGCCUUCACAUCCAAGGUCACUUGGAGAUGGUGUUUCUACAUCAAUCUACCAUUUGGAGGAGUGGCUGCUCUGGUCAUCAUCUUUCUCUUGAGGAUCCCAGAGAGGGAGACAACCAAGCUGUCAACCAAAGCCAAAUUGGCACAGUUAGAUUUCUACGGUACUUCAUUGCUUAUCCCGGGCACUGUCUGCUUGCUUUUGGCGCUUCAGUGGGGAGGGUUGACUUACCCCUGGAGCGAAGGACGCAUCGUUGCAUUGCUUGUCCUCGCCGGUGUUCUGUUGUUGGGCUUUGUUGCUGUCCAGGCUCUUCUGCCCAACACGGCUACCAUUCCCCCACGAAUCUUUAAGCAGCGCAGCAUCCUUGCUGGUGUCUUCACCACAUUGUGCAUUGGAUCGCAGAACAUGAUCAUCAUCUACUAUCUCCCCAUCUACUUCCAAGCAAUCCAGGGGGUGUCGGCUGUAGAGUCAGGCAUUCGCCUACUCCCUCUCGUCUUGGCCAUGGUCGUCGCAUCUCUUAUGACUGGCGCCCUCAUCCGUCGGACGGGUUACUUCACACCCUUCUUGAUUGCCGGCAUCUGCUUCAUGAGCAUCGGUGCUGGUCUUCUCAACACGCUGCAGAUCGACACUCCCAGCUCCAAAUGGAUUGGAUACCAGGUCCUCUAUGGCUUUGGUACUGGCUGCGCUUCACAAGUCCCCAAUAUCGCAGCCCAGGCCGUAUUGCCGAAAAAGGAUGUCCCCAUCGGCAUGUCUCUCAUGUUCUUCGCCCAGCUUCUCGGAGGUGCCAUCUUCAUCUCAGUUGGCCAAAAUGUCCUCAACAAUCAACUACUUGAGCGACUUUCGUCGGUUCCCGGGUUCAGCCCAGCCCUGAUUGAGAACAGCGGUGCCACAUCGUUGACGAACCUACCGGCCGACGUCAAGACCACUGUUCUGAUCGGAUACAAUGAGUCUCUGCGGGUUGUCUUCCGACUUGGUAUGAUCCUGACUUGUAUUUCUAUUCUUGGUGCUUUGGCAAUGGAGUGGAAGAGCGUGAAGCAAGGCGCAAAUAAGCAGACGGAGAAGAUUGGGGUAGAUGAGGCGGCCGAGAAGGUUUGA